AUGUCACAAAAUACAAAAACUUACAAGGACGCAUUUGCACUUUUUGACAAAAAGGGCACUGGAAGAAUCCCAGUAGAGCACUUGGGUGAUUUAUUACGAGCAAUUGGACAGAACCCAACCCUCGCUGAGAUUGCAGAGCUACAACAAUCCAUCAAGACUCCUGAUUUCGAUUUUGAAACAUACCAAGAAAUCAUCAAUCGUCCUGAUGGGUUCAAACCUUUGGGAUUGCCAGAAGAUUACAUAAAGGGGUUCCAAGUAUUUGAUAAGGAACAAACUGGAUAUAUCGGAGUUGGUGAAUUGAGGUACAUUUUGACUUCUAUUGGCGAGAAAUUGACUGAUCUGGAAGUGGAUGAAUUGUUGAAAGGAGUAAAUGUCACUGCUGAUGGAAAUGUUGAUUACGUUGAAUUUGUCAAAUCUAUAUUGGAUCAGUAG